AUGCCAACAUGCCAACAGGAGGGAGGUGUGGUGGCUGCUACUACAGGCCACGGGUUUCAAGGACGCCAUGGGCGCAAUACCAAGUUUGAUCAUCAUCGGCGCUGCUUCAAACGCAUGUAGUGCUCACGUGGUGGGCAGCAGAAAACACGCAUCAGCAGCAGCAGAGGCCUGCUGCUGGAACUCGAAACGGUUGAGACCGAACUGCCACCUCACGGGCAGCAGGCGAUCGCUUGAAACAGACGAGUUGCUCACCAGCAGAUCACUCUUUUUGAUACGAGGGGGCACGAGCUCAGAACCAUUCGAUGAAAGCAACCCCCAGUCUCGGUGGUGGAGAUCGCGGAAACGAUGGGCCAAGCGGAGGGCAGCAGAGCUAGCGGCGAAGGAGGCGAAAGAGCGCAGCACCCACGCGCACCCAAAACAUGUCAUCCUAAGCUUGCUUCGACGACUGAAGCGCUGGAUUGGCGUGGUGGUCGACUUCACCACGCUGAAGCGUCUUCGCUUGCUUCGGCAAGCGAGAAGGGGGUCGUGGCAGCACGGAGGGCCAAUCCCCGUCAGGUAUCGAGGAGUGCUGCAGGAGCUGAGGAACGAGGUUGCGGCGAAGCCGGGCCUCGAAAGGCGCGCCAAGAAGGUCCACCACGAGCUAGAUACCGUUGCUCUUGGAAGGUUUUUGGAGGCGGCGUUUUGGUCGUUGGAGCACGACGGCAAGCGGGUUAGUGACUUCAUCGAAGAGUCCAUCGCCUGGAGGGAAAAGAUCGGGGCAGAUCGCCUACGAAAGGAGGACGUAUUCGACCAAGGAUGCCGUGGGGCCAUCAUUGUGAAGGGCCACGAUCUCAGCAGGCGACCGGUGGUGUACUUUAGACCAGCCCUUGACGGAAGGAUGGAGGGAGAUGGCAACUCGAAGCUGAUGAUUUACAACCUGGAGAGAGCCAUUCGCCUCAUGCCAAGAAACAGCUGGCAAUAUACCAUCGUCAUCGACUGUGAAGGGAUGGGCCUCAAGCAGCUCCCCCCCGUGAAGUACAUAAAGAAGAUGUUCAAGCUGCUGAGUCACCACUACCCGAUGCGCCUUGGGCACGUCCUGUUCACGAACGUGGGGCCUAGCGUGAUGCUCUGCUGGAAGGUAGUCUCGCCCCUCCUGCAGGCCAGAACCAAGGCCAAGAUCCACUUCAUACCCUCCACGGUACUAGGCCAAACCGCCAAGUACAUCCACCCGAGCCAACUCCUGUCCUUCGCGGGAGGCAAGUCGCCAUGGCAGUACGACCCGGCGGUGUACUUCUCCAGCGAUGCAGCCAGUUUGUAGACAACAGCGGGGGCGAGGGGGAGUGUACUCAUAGCCGGGCAUGCCAUAGUCGUUAGACCAUUGACCAAGCAUCCCUUCAAAGCCGGGACGGAGCACGCCGGGUUCUCACCGGACAAGGCUCGCACAUCACCAAGCGCGCAGCACCGUGAGAUAUCCGGCGAGUUGCAUGGAGGGUGUGCUGCAUCCUGUUCAGGGUGUUAAGCAUUUUGCGUUUACUUCCUUGCACACGGAUUACAGCGGGGGGACGGGGGGGGGUUGCCAUUGUGAUUGGAUUGGUUGAGCUCCUGGGAAUAUUAAUGCGUUUUGCCACUAGAUUUCGGUGGACAGCAGUCUUCGACGCCGCCUCCCCCCCCCCCCCCCCCCCCCCCCCCCCCCCCCCCCCCCCCCCCCCCCCCCCCCCCCCCCCCCCCCCCCCCCCCCCCCCCCCCCCCCCCCCCCCCCNNNNGCUUCUGCGUGUGGGAGGUCGGAAAACGACAACGGUGUCUUGGAUAGAAAUAGCUCGAUAUUCCCAAGGGCGUUGCGUUUUAUUCUCACCACACCCCUUCAGUCGCAGAGGCGCUGGAUUCGGCCUAGCAGGCGAAUGUUCACGCCAUGCUUUGACGCUACGGCAUAUGUGUGUAUUGUAGCAUUCUCCCUCGCCCCCAUUGUGUGUAUCUCUAUAUAUAUUUCUUUACUUGGCAUACUUGCCAGGAAGGGAGCCCUUUUUGCUAGAAAUAUGAGGCGAAUGACAACCUGCGGGUCGUUCUCGAGACGGAGUUUCAUGCGUUUUUUUUUUUAGUCCGGUCGAGUGUCGGGAAUAUUGUUUUUGAGCGCGAUUGAACGCCGCAAGAUCGCGCCUCACCUUCCGUCGAACCAGACAGUUCUAGCGAGAGCGAGACAGGGGGGGGGGGGGGGNNNNGGGGGGGGGGGGGGGGGGGGGGGGGGGGGGGGGGGGGGGGGGGGGGGGGGGGGGGGCAGUCAUAGUCGUGCAUGCAGUGGCUAGACCAUUGAUCUCGCAUCCCUACAAAGCCCGGAACGAAGCACGCCGGGCUCUUACUGGACUAGGCUCUCACAUCACCAAGCGCGAAGCGCCGUGAGGUUUCCGGCGAGUCGCACGGAGGGUGCGCUGUAUCCUAAGAGAGACGGGGGGGGGGAGGGAGUACAGUGUUCAUGCAUUCGAUUGCAGAGCGUGUGCUAGAUUAGACGUCAGUAGUGCAGUAAAGGUGACGGCAUCUACUUUCAAAUCGUUUGCCAGUAUGUUUCGUGCGGAUUUGGGUUUUGGGCAGAUAAGUUUGGUGAGAAAACUGAGUCGGCUGCCAGCAGACUUGUGGUCUGUAACAGAUCAAGUUUAAUGGCGCCCGCCCUUAUCAAGGUUGUGCUUCGGGCUGUUGUGCGCCGAGCUGCCGGUCAAUGACAGACGAGUGUCGAUCGUAUCCAUAUUUAGAAUGCCUGCGUUC